AUGCUUCCUUCACGCUUUUAUGGCACUGCUAACUGCAUUAAACCUAUUCCUGGUGAUGGCUCUCUUAGCAACGAUGAUUCACUAUCUGAUUCCGAUGACGAUGUUCCGCUUUCGCGCUUGCGCAACCAAACACGUAAAAAACCUAUAAUUAUUCUACCAUCCGAUUCCGAUACUUCCGAUGACGAAAUAGUUGAUCCUAGACCUAAAAAUUUGAAACAGAAGCGAGCAGUUAAGGAAAAAAUUAUCUGGACUGAAGGAAAAAUGCCAGCGUAUGAUGAAAAUAAUUUCAAUUUUAGUGGUAGCCUGGAAUUGCCAGAGUUUGCUCAAGAAUUAGAAUCACCUGCCGAAUUAUUCCAAUUUUUUUUCACAGAAGAUUUGAUAACAUUUAUUACGGAACAGUCAAAUCUGAAAUCUACUCAGGUCAAUGUUAACAAGCCAGCAAAUAUCACAACUACUGAGAUUGAGCAAUUUAUAGGUAUUGUCAUCUUCACCUCAUUAGUUCACCUGCCAUCUACACGGAUGUAUUGGUCCAACAACAUUGGUCAGCAUCAAGUCAAUUCAAUAAUGACAUGUAAUAAGUUUGAAAUGAUAAAACGUCAUCUUCAUUUCAAUAAUAAUGAAGAUUUCAAACCACCCGGUACACAAAGUCACGAUAAACUGUUUAAAAUUCGACCUCUCAUAGAAAAAUUAAGAGAGCGGUUACUUUUGAUACCCAAAGAAGAAUAUCUGGCCGUAGAUGAACAAAUUAUACCCACGAAAGCUCGCCACCAACUCAAACAGUACAAUCCAGCCAAAUCUCAUAAGUGGGGGUACAAAAAUCAAGUGUUGAGUGGCGUAUCAGGGUUCAGUUACGACUUCGAUAUUUUUGCUGGCGAUCAAAGCAACAUUUUUCCAAGUGAUGCACCAGAUCUUGGUGUCAGCUCCAACGUUGUUACACGACUCACAUCUACUGUGCCUCGAAAUGUAAACCACAAAAUAUUUUUCGAUAACUGGUUCAAUAGUAUAAAAUUGCAAGUUUACCUGUAUAAAAAUGGAUUGCUGCCAUUGGGAACCAUUAGGAUGAACAGAGUACCUAACGCUGAUAUGCCUACAGAAAAGGACCUGAAGAAAAUAGGUCGUGGUACUAUGGUUGAGAAAAUCGCCAUCGUCGAUGACGUAAAACUAAGCCUGGUAUCAUGGUAUGACAAUAAAGUGGUCAAUUUACUGUCUGCGUUUGUUGGUAGUGAACCGACUUCUACUAAGACUAGAUAUUUCAGAAAAGAUAAACAGUACAAGGACAUAACAUCGCCACAAUGCGUUGAUGUGUAUAACCGACACAUGGGAGGUGUUGAUUUGCUUGACUCUUUGUUAGGUCUGUAUAGGAUCAAAAUAAGAUCUCGUCAGUGGUAUAAAAAAAUAUUUUUCCACUUGGUUGAUAUGUGUGCAGUUAAUGCUUGGUUACUGUGGCGACGCAAGACUGACCAAUACAUGUCACUAUUUGACUUCAAGCUAGCCAUUUCUGAACAUUAUUGCAAGGCUGGCAAAAGUAUCUCAAGAAAAAGAGGCCGUCCUAGUAUCAGUAAUCCCGGUACACCUACCUUGUCAAGAGGAAAUACUCCUACGUCAUCUAGAACGGGUACUCCUACCAGUAGAAAUGAAUCUUUCACACCUCGAAAAAGGGCACGGAAAACCCCAGCAAAAGUGCAAGACCUACCUCUAAAUUCAGUACGUACAGACAAAAUUGACCAUUUCCCGAUACACCAAAAGAAUCGUCAAUUAUGUCAGAAUGAUUGUUCUUUGCGUUCUCAUAUAAAAUGUGAGAAAUGUGACGUUUUUCUUUGCUUGAAUGAGAAAAGAAACUGUUUUAGAGAAUUUCACCUUGUGUUAAGAUCAUGUGUAUCCAAAGCACUGAUUGACAUGAACUCUGAUAUCAAGUUCACACAGAGCGAGUUUCAUACUUUGGACAAUUUUCAGAAAACUCUGCAUAUUAUCAAAGUGACAGUCGAAGCACUGUGCCGGCGUGAUGCAACUCUAUUAACUGCUGAUGCGGCUAUGAAAUUUAUGCUACGUAAAUUAGAUAGUCAAAAUUCUACACUGUCAAGACUUCUCGCAAGAUCAUUGCGCGUGCGCAUUUCCCAAAGACGACUUUCUAUUGCAUCUACUUUGCAGUAUCUCCAAAAUCCUGAAACAUAUUUCAGUGAAGUUGCUACCGCCGAGUUCUUAAAAACCCCAGAAAUGGUGGAGGAAAUUUAUUCACUAACUCAAAAAUUUGAAGAUGAACCUGUGGUUAGGGUUAUGGAUGAUUUGGCCUUGGAUAAUAGCGCCAGCAGCGUGAGUGGAGAUUUCGAAAGCGUUGAUAUUGCUAAAGAACUAAAUAAAGAAAUUGAAAAAUCAUUGAAGGAGAAAAAUACAAAUAUGCGAAAUAGAAAUGAAACAGAAGAUGAAGCUAACAGAGAUGGUGGUUAUGGUGAAAAUGAUAAGCAUAAGUUAAUUCAAAUUGAAAUGGCAUUGUUUGAAAAUGGUGGCUACCGCGGGUUCUAUUUAGACAUGGCGUACAGACAUUUACUGACGAUUCUUCUUCUUGGUCGUGUUCUUCAAAAUUGA